AUGUCAAAACCAGUCUUGACGGGGCAUUUGGCCAAGUGGGUGUUACUUCUCAAUCAAUAUGAGAUCAUCUACACUCCAGCAAAGGCGGUUAAGGGGCAAGCUGUUGCAGAUUUCCUAGCCGAUCAUCCAAUUUUAGCAGACUGGGAAAUUUUAGAUGACUUACCCGACGAACAAGUCUUCUGCACUGACGUUUCUCCUGUUUGGAUGAUGUGCUUUGAUGGAUCGGCUCGUAAAGAUGGGGCGGGGGCUGGCGUAAUCUUCGUAUCACCCGAGAGACACAUAUUGCCUUAUUCAUUCACUUUAAGUGAACUUUGCUCGAACAACGUUGUAGAAUACCAAGCUUUGAUUAUGGGCUUACAAAUGCCUAUGGAGAUGAACAUAUCAAGCUUAGAAGUAUAUGAUGACUCCAUGUUAGUGGUCAACCAACUGUUGACCCACUACGAAGUUAGGAAGGAUGAUCUAAUUCCGUACCACCAAAUGGCCAUGCAAUUAAUAGAAAGGUUUGACUUCGUGACGCUGGAGCAUGUGCCAAGAAAAGACAACCAAAUGGCAGAUGCCUUAGCCAACCUUGCUGCUACAUUGGCGUUGACAAAAGAUGAAGUGGUGAAUCUUCCAGUUUGCCAACUUUGGCUCAUUCCAUUAACACUUGGGGCAUCGCAAGAAGGAGUCAACGUUAUCUCGGUAUUGUCCAUUGACGUUGACGACUGGAGGCAGCCUUUAAUUGAUUAUCUUGAGCAUGGGAAACUGCCAGAUGAUUCGAGACAUCGAUCAAAGGUAUGGCACCGGGCACCUCGGUUUAUUUAUUAUAAAGAGAUUCUAUACCGUCGUUCAUUCGAAGGCCUGUUUCUAAGAUGCUUGGGCGAAGAAGAUGCAUCCAAAGCAAUGGAGGAGGCUCACUCAGACAAUGGAAAGCCAUUUUCGAACUGGUUAACUGAUAAAUUGUGUGAAAACUUCGGCUUCAAACAACGCAACUCUUCAAUGUACAAUGCCCCAGCCAAUGGUCUUGCAGAAGCGUUCAACAAAACUCUUUGCAACCUGUUGAAGAAAGUUGUUGGAAGAACCAAGAAAGAUUGGCAUGAAAGGAUAAAUGAAGCAUUGUGGGCUUAUAGGACGACAUACCGGACGCCUAUUCAGGCUACACCAUACUCACUCGUGUAUGGCGUGGAAGUAGUCUUGCCUCUAGAAACUCAAAUUCCAUCAUUGAGGAUGGUCAUACAAGAGGGAUUGACUGAUGAAGAGAAUGCAAAGCUACGUCUCCAAGAGUUAGAAGCACUAGACGAGAAGAGACUCAAAGCGCAACAACACUUAGAGUGUUAUCAAGCUCGGCUUUCGAAUGCUUUUAACAAGAAGGUUCGCCCCAAGUCUUUUCAAGUAGGAGAUCUUGUCGUCGCAUUACGUAGACCUAUCAUCACAACACACAAAACCGGAAGCAAGUUUACUUCGAAAUGGGAUGGGGCCUACGUAGUACAAGAAGUGUACACAAGUGGCGCUUACAAGAUCGUAGCCAAGGACAAUUUAAGAGUCGGCCCUAUCAACGAAAAGUUCUUGAAACGAUACUACGCAUGA